AUGCCAUGGCAGCCGGUGUAUAAGAACAAGAAAGUAUAUAAAAAUGAACGUACAAUAGUCCUCCUAUUGGGCGGAUCAAUUUAUGAUGAUGGUGCUGAUGUGCGUAUCACUAAUCGACGUCGACGAGGAGAUGAACGUUUCCGUACUAAACAGGAUGUUCAUUUAGACGAACAUUUAUGGCAACGAGAUUUUCGUGCUAUCGCGGAAUAUUUCGAACGAAUUCAUGCGACUAUUUGGCGUUCCAUACCAACUAGUCUUCGUAGUUCUCGAAACGAAGCAUUUCAGUCAAUUACUGAAUUUUUUCAACUUGACAACAAUGAGAAUGCUUACGAACGACGAACAUUUAUUCUCUAUUGGGGUGGUCAUGGUUUAUACAAUUCAGGAAAUUGGGGAUUUUCCUUUGGUGGCGAUAUAACAUGUCAAGAUAUCAUUAAUGCUUGGCGUUCUCGUCCAGUGGCUGAUAGUUACAACGACAUAUCGUCAUUAACUAUCAUAGCUGACACAUGCUAUUCGGGUGCUUGGAUUGAACAACUCCGAAGAGCAAACAUACCUCGACUUGCUUAUCAAGCUGCUAGUCAAGCAGACGAACCAGCGUAUGCUGUUAAUGACGGUAAUGUUCCCAGAAGCCUACUUAUGCGCAAAUUUAUCAUUGAGCAAAAAUAUCCCAUUGAAUGGUAUAUAUGGACAUGUCGAGAUCAACAUCCGGUAUACUUUUCUGACUAUGCUGAAACAGAAGUUGGUGAAGAUCUAAGUGCUGGUCAACAACGUGCAUUAGUGCAUGGUGGUCCAUUCUAUUUCUUUACUGUUGAUCAUCAUUGGACAUCCAAUAGUAAGAUGUCAACGAAAGAACGUAAAGUAUAUCUACGUAAACUAUUCGAGCAACGAGCGAUGAGGGUGAAGCCUUACUUAUUCGUUUUAUUUUACUUUUUAUUUACUUUUACCAAUGGAAAACCAGUGAAAAGUAAAGGAAAAAAAGCAAUAGAAAAAUCACCAGCCAAAGCACCAAAAGUGAAAACAAAUACUGAUGCAUUGAAAUAUCUUGAUAAAUUUGGUUAUAACGCAUGCGGUGGGCAUGGAAAUGGAAAGAAUGUCGUCGGUGGAGGGCCCCUAUGUCAAUCAAGUUUCCAAACCAUGAUCGAACAUUUUCAAACGGUCUUUCGCUUACCCGUAACCGGUAAACUCGAUGAAGCAACGAUUAAUUUAAUGAAUAGACCGCGAUGUAGUUUGGGCGAUUAUCCAAUGGGAUAUACUGUUUUUCGACCAUGGCCUAAUACAACAUUAAAAUGGAGACUGGACGGCAACACGCCAAAAUUCAGUAAAGAGAAUAUUCGUUUCCAUGUGCAGGAAGCGUUUGAUGACUGGGCACGCUAUGCCCCGUUAAAGUUUCGUGAAGUCCAAGGUGAUGAAAAACCGAAUUUCCUUAUAAGCUUUGAAACUGGUGAACAUAAAGACGGUUUUCCAUUCGAUGGGGCCGGUGGUACACUCGCACAUGCUUUCUUUCCCACCGAUGGAAAAGUUCAUUUCGAUUCUACUGAAGAGUGGACAGAUAAAUACGACGGAUUCGGUUACAAUUUUCGUUUGGUUGCUUCGCAUGAAAUAGGGCAUGCACUCGGUUUAGCACAUUCGACAGAUUCUAAGUCAUUGAUGUAUCCAUUUUAUCAGUUAAUCCAACCACAAGACCUACUUCCAAAAGACGAUAGAGAUGGUAUUCGUGCCUUGUAUGGAACGAGUGAAACAAAUAAACCCACAACAUUCGCUGCGACAACGGCUGCGACAAAAACGACGAAGAAAACAACUACAAAGAAAACCGCAAACACUAAGACAACAAAGAAAACGACGACUACGAAAAGACCAACAGCCACACAAUCACCAGUAUUGGCACACGAUCGAUGUGCUCGUUACCUUGAUGUUGUCUUCGGCGGUGGUCCAGAUAAAUGGCUAUAUACACUCGACUACGACCUCGUCUGGCGUUAUCAUCCAGAUUUCGGUCAAUGGGACACUCGAGGUCUUCCAAUCACAGAGGUUUUUCCUGGUGCUGAACCACAUAUGAUGGCAGGCAUUCUAUCACCCAAAACACAAAAAAUCUAUUUGUUUAAAGGUUACCGUGUCUGGCGAUUCUCGUCUCCGUCAUCACUUGACCAAGGAUUUCCUAAACGUAUUUUUGGCACCGGCACACCAUAUAAUCCUAUUGCUGCUCUGUAUGAAAAAGGGCAUAUAUGGCUGUUAAAAGGUGGUAUUCUUUACAAAUUCGACGAAAACGAUCUUCAAUACGAAUUUCGCCGACCGCCCAAACGUAUUGACGAACAAUUUCCUGGUGUUCCGAAAAAUGUCCGCGCAGCAUUCACACACGAUGGAAAGCACUAUUUCUUUACUGAACCUGAUCGUAAUGUCUACGUAUUUGAUAUCAGAAGCCGACGUGUCGAACCUGGCUACCCCAAACCGAUGACGACAGGAUGGUUUGCUUGCAACGCUGUAUUAACAGACAAGAGUUCAGCUUGUCUCGAAUUUGAACCGAAGAAUAAAUAA